CCUAGUAUGCAUGUCUGAUGAAGAGCAUCUGACACCCGUACUCGAGACCAGGAGUUAAAUUAUUUAAAUGAGAACUCUUUUACGCUUCAAACCUAGCCAAACCCUUUGUGCCAUGCCUAGCAGAUCCGUAUCGCCUCCUUUUAGACCAUACCUAGGUACUUAUCUAUCACCAUCUCAAGAUGCACCAUACAAACUCUACUCAAAACCAAGCCCAGUACUUAAAGAAAGACACGAUGGGACGCCCCCUAUCCAAAGACAUAAACAAGGCCAAGCAGGACGAGCUCCUGGCGCAGUGGGAAGAGCGACAAGCCGAGGCGCAGAUGCUCCGGCUGAGACACCGCCUCGACCCCCAUGGCUCGUAUCCCCCAGCAGCACCUCGACAACCACAACAACACCGCGAAGCGUCUGCACGCCAGGAUCAACCCCCAGCGAGAAAACGCUCGCAGAGCGCGGCCGGGAAUGGGGAUAGGCCGCCGUCCCGCAACAAUCGGUCGUCUAGCCGUCGCCGCGCGCAGUCUACCAACAGGUCUCGGGAGCGUAGCAGACCACCGCCGCCGCUAAGGCCGGCGUCUAGCUCGGGAUACCCUUCCCCUCUCCCCCCCCCUCCUCCUUCGCACAGCUUCCUGUAUCUAUACAGCUACGCGCGGCCGUCUCACGCACCCGGAGCGAUCUACGCCCCUCCUCUACCAUACGCGUGCACCCCUCCCGGCCAGACCCCUAUGCCGCAGCCCCCUGGAUCCUUAUACUACCCACCUCCACCACCGCCAGGCACCUACCCCCAGCAGGGACCGCCCCCGCCGCCUGGAUCGCGGUUCUGGUAUCCCCCGCCUCUGCCUCCGCCGCCUGGUUCGCAGUUCCGGUACCCCUCGCCCCCAUACGUGCCUCCUCCGCCGAGCGCAGGUAGACAGCACGGUGGUCCUCCUCCUCGUCCUUGCGGGAAUGCACGGUCGGGGUCGAGCCAGCCGUCUAGUCGUCUAUCUCCGUCUUCCACCCCGACGACGACGACGACGACAACGACGACAUCGUACAGCAACCUAAGCCCAAACCCAAACCCAAACCCAAACCCACGCUCACGCUCACGCCCACGCCCAUCAGCACUCAGAAGCCCACGCCCGCCGACUCCUCCGCUGAGAAGUGCGCGGAGGAUGCCGAGCGCCUCGCGGGAACGGUCGCGGGAACGGUCGAGAUAUCGGGACGAGGAGAUGCAGAUGGAGCGGGAGCGGGAGUGGGAGGAGAUAGAGAUGGAGAUAGAGAGGGAGAGGGAGAGGGAGAGGGAGAGGAACAGGUCCGUGUCCCGUCCCCGAACCGUGCGUUUUCAGGUGCGGGUGGAGGAUGCGGAUGAGAGUGAGGAUGGGGGGAGGAGGUAAGGGGGGUAGGGAAAGGGGGGGAAUGUGGUUUGGUGGGGAUGGGGGGAGAAGAGCGAUGAGUAAGGGUUGGUAGACUUGGCAGAAUGAUUAUAUACCUACCUACCUAGUACCUACUCAUAUUUAGAUAGGGGCAGCUGGUUCUUUGAUUUUUAAUGACACUGACUGGCACCUAAUUCAGGCAUGUAAUUAGGAAGCGUGUUGAUAGAGAAAAUCUAAGAGUGUGGAAUACUUACUGCUUGAGUACCUAGGUAGGUACGUACUUAUAUAUGAGGAGCUAUGUAUCGUGCUUAGAGCUACGCGUAAAUGAUACUUACAUCGGUGAAUUAAGGCACGAAGGCUGGCUGGCUGGUUGGUUGGUUGGUUGGUCG